GUUGCGGUUUGAGUUGACUAACCACAGCAUAAAUAUUUGCAGCCCUAACUGUGCCGGCUAAUUUUUGUUUGCCUAAUGGUUUAUGGAAGCAAGAGCCUGUAAAAAUGGGUCUUCUAUCGGAUCCGUCAAUAUCGACACAUAAUAAGUUGGUCGACAGUCUUGCAAAGCAUAUGCGCAAGCUGUGCUAUGUUUUCUACACAGCGGGUGUGGUCUGGUUUAUGUGCCUCGCCCUACCGGAAUUCAACCAUGGAACUUACUUAUCAGAGAAUGCCUUGUCACCAGGUUUGGUGUAUCCUGAGAUACGCAUAGAUUCCAAUCGGCUGGCUCUUCAGCUGCUAGAGGAGCUCCAGCGCGAACGUAAGGAACAUCAGUCCACAACGCCGCACGCCUGGAUUCUCGGCAAGUUUAAUGAGUUUGGCUUGGAGACAUACAUACAUAACUAUACGUUACGCUAUCCGUUCGGAGGUGGCAAAGAGUUCCAUGGCAAGAACAUCUAUGGCAUAUUGCGUGCACCGCGAAUUGGUUCCACUGAGGGUAUAGUAUUCUCGGCACCAUAUCGUCCACCGAGCUCGGUGCAUGACGACAUAUCGGCUAGCGUGCCAGUGUUAUUGACGUUUGCAGAGUUUGCCAGGCGUAAAAAUUACUGGGCCAAAGACUUGGUAUUCCUGGUCACCGAGCAGGAGCAGCUUGGCAUGCAGGCCUGGCUAGAGGCUUAUCAUGACGGCGACAAAAAAUAUGACACUAGCAGUUCGUACUUGGUGCCUGGGAACCUACCAGCACGCGCCGGCGCGCUGCAAGCAGCUGUAAACAUUGAAGUGGAGGACUUGGAAAUCGAUUAUGUGGAUGUCAAGAUCGAAGGAUUGAAUGGCAAGCUGCCCAAUCUGGAUAUGUUCAACUUGGUGCAGCGCAUCAUGGCACGCGAAGGCGUCACCUCUGGGUACAAGCAGGCGCCGCGCAAGAAGCGUCGCACGAACUACUCCACUUACGAGCAGAACUUGCGCCAAAUGCUGGCCAUGCUGUCGGCACAGACAUCGGGCGUGCCCAGUGGCAAUCAUGGACUUUUCCAUCGCUACCGCAUUGAUGCCCUGACGAUAUCUGCUGCCAAGCGUGUUACCAACUCCAAUGUCAAGUCCAAUCCGAGCUCGGCUGCCGUGCCUUUCUUAAAGGCAAUCGAGGGCAUUUCUCGCAGCCUGAACAACUUGCUGGAACGGUUCCACCAGAGUUUCUUCUUCUACCUGAUUGUACACAACGAUCGCUACGUAUCCAUUGGCGACUACAUGCCCGCCCUGGUGGCGCUCAUCGCCUGCGGGUUCGUGAAGGCGUAUCUGAUCUGGUCUACAUUGGAUGCCCCAGAGCAUACCUCACAGCAGGACGCUGACACUAAUCCACCUGCGGUGUAUUUGAAGCUAACGUUGCCAUAUGGCAGUGUACUCAUCUAUUUGACGGUAUCGGUCGUCAUCGGCUACAUGGGCAACGUGCUGCCGCUGCAGAAAUACUUAAUUUCACUGCCAAUAGGCGCCGGGCCGCUCACUGUAGCCAUGCUGAUGGCAAUUAAUCUGGCUGGGUUUGCUCUGCCGUUCUUUUUGGUGCUGCCCUUUGGCGGACUGGAGCUGCUGCACAUUAGUCUGCUGCUCAUCUAUAGCUGUGCUCUGAUUGUCAUUGGACUGCUCAACUUCGCGCUGGGCUUCUUUGUAGCGGUGCUGUCGAUGCCCAUGAUCGUGGCCCUUGACCCAAACACCACGAAUGUCACAUUGCGCGGCUUGGCACGUCUCUGGACUCUGCUACUGAAUCCGGUGGUGGUCAUCUACGCAGUCGUCCUGGUCUUGACCUUCUAUCAAUUCCCCGAGCUGGCAUUCCAGCAGCUGCUGCUGCGCGCCGCCACCGCUGCCAUGGAUGCGGUUACCUUUGCGCUUAUUGAUUCAGUGAUUUAUGGCAAUUGGCUUUAUUUUGUGGCGUGCACAGUCUUCUUUCCCCUUUGGAUCGCUUGUUGGACUCUGGCUCUGGGAAGGCGUGGCGACAAUACGAUUUCAAAAACGAAGCUGAAAACAAACUGAUCUGCUUCUUAGCUUUUCCUU